AUGGCAGAUAUUCGUUUCCAAGAUCUGGACAGCAAUGGGUCAGAAAACAGUGAAGAAACAGAGAUUAUAGUCAACGUUGGAGGGGUAAGGCAGGUGUUGUACAGUGAUCAUCUAAGCCAGUACCCGAAUACAAGACUGGCAAAGCUUAUAAACUGCUUGCCAGGGGGAUAUGACACUAUUUUCUCUCUCUGCGAUGAUUAUGAUCCUGGGAAAAGAGAAUUUUACUUUGACAGAGAUCCUGAUGCUUUCAAGUGCAUUGUUGACGUGUAUUACUCUGGGGAGGUUCACAUGAAGAAAGGAAUCUGUCCUAUUUGUUUCAAGAAUGAAAUGGAAUUUUGGAAAGUGGACCUUAAAUUUUUGGAUGAUUGCUGCAAAACUCAUCUCAGUGAAAAAAAGGAGGAACUCGAAGAGAUAGCCCGCAGGGUCCAGUUGAUUUUGGAUGACUUGGGAGUGGACAGCUCUGAAAACCGCUGGAAAAAAUGCCAAAAAUAUAUUUGGAAAUUCAUGGAGAAACCAGAAUCUUCUUACCCAGCUCGAGUAACAGCGGUCCUGUCUUUUCUGUUCAUCCUAAUCUCCUCGGUGGUGAUGUGUGUGGGGACCAUCCCAGAACUGCAGGUGCUGAACUCUGAAGGGAAAGCUGUGGAACACCCAGUACUGGAUAAGAUCGAGACAGCUUGCAUCGGCUGGUUUACCCUUGAGUAUAUCCUCAGACUGAUUUCCUCUCCUAAUAAACUGCAUUUUGCUCUUUCUUUCAUGAACCUCAUUGACAUUUUCGCAAUACUUCCCUUCUAUGUUAGCCUGAUAUUGACUCACUUGGGGGCCAGAUUGAUGGAGUUGACCAAUGUGCAGCAAGCUAUCCAAGCACUCCGAAUUAUGAGGAUUGCAAGGAUUUUCAAACUAGCGCGCCAUUCCUCGGGUCUACAGACUUUAACCUACGCUCUCAAGAGGAGCUUUAAGGAACUAGGGCUUCUACUGAUGUACUUAGCUGUUGGGAUUUUUGUGUUUUCUGCCCUUGGUUACACAAUGGAGCAAAAUCACCCAGAGACAUUGUUCAGGAGCAUCCCUCAGUCCUUCUGGUGGGCAAUAAUAACUAUGACUACUGUGGGGUAUGGGGACAUCUAUCCAAAGACAACACUGGGGAAACUCAAUGCUGCCAUUAGUUUUCUCUGCGGGAUAAUAGCCAUCGCACUGCCAAUCCACCCCAUCAUUAACAACUUUGUCAGAUAUUAUAACAAGCAGAGAGUUUUAGAGACAGCAGCCAAACAUGAACUGGAACUGAUGGAGUUAUAUGCUGAUGACAAGAAAGAUGGAAGCCCCAAAGAUGAACUACUGUAUCUUUCAAGAAAAGGAAAAGGAGAUCCUCGAUGGAGCGGCCGACUCAAAGUCUCUUACAGCGACACGUUCAUUCACCUGUCAGACGAUAAACACCUUCGAACCAGACUUCAGAGUUGUAAGUAGACUCCAGGAGAUUGCCUCUAUUCAGCAAAAGCCUGGAAUAAGAAUGGAAAUCUUAUACUGAAAAGACUAAAGAGACUGCU